UGUCUAUCCACACGGGCCACGGCCGAUAUUGACAUACACACACACGCAAAUAUGCGACGGCCGACGCACACACAUAUAUACACACAUAGCGUUGCGGAUUUAUCGGCGUUUUACUGCAUCGUGUACUGCAGUAUUCCGUAGUUGGACCCACAAAUUUUUAUUAUUGGUAAACUUCUUCUUCAUCGUCCCCGGUUCGGGUGUUUAGCACUCGCGGUGUGUGUCUCUCGCGGUUUGUUCAGCGAGAGCUACCGUGGUAUGUGCUAAAUAACAGGAAGAACGGCAACAGGGACCGCUGUGAUCCAGAGCUGUUUAUCAGAUAAUUAUUAUACAAAGCGCCCACUCAUUGCUUUCAACCAUGUUCUAGUCAGCCCACAACCAGGGGCCACAGAUCUUGUUAUUCCCGGGGAACGGUGUGUGUAUUAUUAUGUCUAGUGGUUCCCACCUCCGCACAUGGAUGACCGGACCUUCGCCAAGCCCCUCCCCCAUCCGUCCAGCCCCCGUCCGCGUGGGCCCCUAUCAACAAGCAGCAGCAGUCGCUAUCCGGACUUCCCCGCCAGCCCCCGCACUUCAUUAACCCCCUCCCGUCCUUCUCCCCUCGUCCCCCCGACCCGGAGGUCGCCAUGCCCCCCUAUCAGCCCGUGACGAUCAUGGGCCCCAUCGGCUAUUACCAUUCGCGUUUCUAUGGCCUCCCGACCUUCCCUCCGGACCGCUACAUCAACAGCAUGGAGCCGGCGCCCCCGAUUCUUCCCCUGUGGAAUCUCUACCCGGUCCCGGCCAGCCCCGAGUCGCCCGCGCCGCGCAACCAUACCAGCGUCAUCUGCCACACGGACAAGACCAAACUCUCGCCCAGUAUUAUCCAGAAAGCCCCGUCCUUUCCGACGUCCCCGGGACCCUCCCGGGGACCGGAAGUCAACGGCCCCGGACACCGGCGUCGGCGUGCCCUGAAGCGGAAACACAGCGACGCCGGGUCCUCGUGGUCCAAUUCCCAUACGGAUGAAUCCGGUGGCCGCUCGACGUCGCACGCCGUGUACGCCAAAUUCAACCGGGAACGCCGGAAGAAAUACAUCGGCGAUAUGGAGUUGUAUCGAAUAAGUAUGCGCAAAGCCAUCGCCGAGUCGCGGGUGCGCAUGGACCGGAUGCAGGGCGAGAAGCGGGUGCUGGACGCGGAGAUUGGACAGCUGCGGGAGAAACUCGCCGGCAAUGACCAGCUCAUGGCCGUCUUGAAAAAUCUCACUCGGUAAAAAAAAUGCGGACUGGUUUUUUUAUAUAUGUACAUAAUUAAAUUUUAUUUUUUUGGCAUUGAUGUAUAUAUUUCCAUGACCGGAGCAGUAUCAUAGAAAAUUAAUUAUGAAGAUGUUCCAACAACUGGAGUGGCAUUUUUACUGGCAUCACCGGAUCGAUUCGGUAUUGAUUUUGCAAGGCAUGCCGUGCACGCAUCGUAAUUACGGUAUCGAGCUUUUUGCCUGUAUAGCUCCGAUUAAUUCCAUCAGCAGACGGAGGCGUGCAUGCUUCAACGAUUUUUGCCGGGAUAAUUUCGUUGUUUUGAUGUUUGGAUAUUUGUUUUUAUUUUUUUUCUGUUCAGUGUAUAUAUUUUUUUAUAAAAGAGCACAAGUGAAAACACGCACAGAUUUUCUAUAAAAUUGACCAGUUACCAACGCUGCAAUGAUUGGAAAUUAAAGGAAAUCUGAAGU